GCUGGGCGCCUCCACCAUGAUGUGCGAGGUGAUGCCCACCAUCAGCGAGGAUGGCCGGCGGGGCUCGGCGCUGGGUCCGGACGAGGCAGGCGGGGAGCUGGAACGACUCAUGGUCACCAUGCUCACCGAGCGUGAGCGCCUGCUGGAGACACUGCGCGAGGCGCAGGACGGGCUGGCCACUGCACAACUGCGGCUGCGCGAGCUGGGCCACGAGAAGGACUCCCUGCAGCGGCAGCUCAGCAUCGCGCUGCCCCAGGAGUUUGCGGCUCUGACCAAAGAGUUGAACUUAUGUCGGGAGCAGUUGCUGGAGAGGGAAGAAGAGAUUGCAGAGCUGAAGGCGGAGCGGAAUAACACAAGGCUCCUAUUGGAACAUCUGGAAUGCCUGGUAUCGAGGCACGAGAGAUCACUGCGCAUGACUGUAGUGAAGCGGCAGGCCCAGUCCCCGGGAGGUGUCUCCUCUGAGGUGGAGGUGCUGAAGGCUCUGAAAUCCCUCUUCGAGCACCAUAAAGCCCUAGAUGAGAAGGUUCGGGAGAGACUGCGGAUGGCUCUGGAGAGAGUGGCGGUGCUGGAGGAAGAGCUGGAGUUGAGCAAUCAGGAGACUCUGAGCCUUCGAGAACAGCUGUCUAGGCGACGGUCAGGACUAGAAGAGCCCAGCAAGGAUGGAGAUGGGCAGACCCUUGCCAAUGGCCUGGGUCCUGUUGAGGACUCCAACCGGCGCACAGCAGAGCUGCAGGAGGCCCUGGAGCGGCAGCGAGCAGAAGUGUGCCAGCUGCGGGAGCGCCUGGCGGUGCUGUGCCGUCAGAUGAGCCAGCUGGAGGAAGAGCUGGGCACUGCUCACCGCGAGCUGGGUAAGGCCGAGGAAGCAAACUCCAAGCUGCAGCGAGACCUUAAGGAGGCUUUGGCUCAGCGGGAAGAUAUGGAAGAGAGGAUCACCACGCUGGAGAAACGCUACCUGAGUGCCCAGCGCGAGGCCACAUCUCUGCACGAUGCCAAUGACAAGCUGGAGAAUGAGUUGGCCAGCAAGGAGUCCUUGUAUCGGCAGAGUGAAGAGAAGAGCCGUCAGUUGGCCGAAUGGCUGGACGAUGCCAAGCAGAAACUGCAGCAGACGCUGCAGAAGGCAGAGACCUUGCCUGAGAUAGAGGCUCAGCUGGCACAGCGGGUAGCGGCUCUGAACAAGGUGAGGGGCGGGGCCUGCGGCUCAGGGGCGGGGCCUCGAGGGGGGCCACCGGGAGCCCGCGCUGAUCCUGGUGAGGUGAGGAGAGGUAGAGGUCUUGGGUCUUGUCCACAGGCUGAGGAACGUCACGGGAACUUUGAGGAGAGGCUGCGGCAGCUGGAAGCACAGUUGGAGGAGAAGAACCAGGAGCUGCAGCGGGCCCGGCAGCGGGAGAAGAUGAAUGACGACCACAAUAAGCGGCUAUCUGAGACAGUGGACAAGCUGUUGAGCGAGUCCAAUGAGAGGUUACAACUUCACCUCAAGGAGCGCAUGGGGGCCCUGGAGGAGAAGAACUCACUGAGCGAGGAGAUCGCCAACAUGAAGAAGCUUCAGGAUGAGCUGUUGCUUAACAAGGAGCAGCUCUUGGCUGAGAUGGAGCGGAUGCAGAUGGAGAUCGACCAGUUGCGGGGGAGGCCACCAUCCUCUUAUUCCAGGUCUCUCCCUGGAAGUGCCUUGGAGCUCCGUUACUCUCAGGCACCCACAUUACCUUCUGGUACCCCUCUGGAUCCUUAUGGGGCUGGCAGUGGCCGAGCAGGCAAGAGGAGCCGAUGGUCAGGGACCAAGGAUGAGUCCUCAAAGGAUUGGGAGCGAUCUGCCUCUUCAGGCUCCAUGCCACCCCCUUUCCCUGGAGAGCUGGAUGGUUCAGAUGAGGAGGAAGCUGAGGGGAUGUUUGGGGCUGAGCUGCUGUCGCCCAGCGGGCAGGCUGACGUCCAGACACUAGCCAUUAUGCUUCAGGAGCAGCUGGAAGCCAUCAAUAAGGAGAUCAAGCUAAUCCAAGAGGAAAAGGAGACGACGGAGCAGCGGGCUGAGGAGCUGGAGAGCCGAGUGUCCAGUUCUGGCCUUGACUCCCUGGGCCGCUACCGCAGCAGCUGUUCUCUGCCCCCCUCGCUCACCACUUCCACCCUUGCCAGCCCCUCCCCUCCCAGCUCUGGCCAUUCAACACCUCGGCUGGCUCCCCCUAGCCCUGCUCGUGAGGGCACCGACAAGACUAAUCCUGUCCCCAAGGAGGAAGCUGGGGUUCCACCAGGACAGGGCCCAGCUAUAACAGGAGACACCCCACCACCCACUCCCCGCUCUGCUCGCCUUGAGAGAAUGACCCAGGCCUUGGCACUGCAGGCAGGGUCCCUGGAAGAUGGUGCACCCUCCCGUGGAAGUGAGGGCUCCCAAGAUUCCCUGCACAAAGCCCCCAAGAAGAAGAGCAUCAAGUCAUCUAUAGGCCGACUUUUUGGAAAGAAAGAGAAGGGCCGGAUGGGACCUCCAGGGCGGGACAGCUCUUCUUUGGCUGGAACUCCCUCAGAUGAAACAUUGGCCACUGACCCUCUGGGACUAGCGAAGCUGACAGGCCCAGGCGAUAAGGACCGGAGGAACAAGAGGAAACACGAACUCUUGGAAGAGGCGUGCCGUCAGGGUCUGCCUUUUGCUGCCUGGGAUGGUCCCACUGUAGUCUCAUGGCUAGAGCUCUGGGUAGGCAUGCCUGCGUGGUAUGUAGCCGCCUGUCGGGCCAAUGUCAAGAGUGGUGCCAUCAUGGCCAAUCUGUCGGACACGGAAAUCCAGCGCGAGAUCGGGAUCAGCAAUCCACUGCACCGGCUCAAGCUGCGCCUAGCCAUCCAGGAGAUGGUUUCCCUCACCUCGCCCUCAGCGCCCGCCUCCUCCCGAACGCCCACAGGAAAUGUGUGGAUGACCCAUGAAGAAAUGGAAUCCCUAACAGCAGCCACGAAGCCUGAGACCAAGGAGAUCAGCUGGGAGCAGAUCCUGGCAUAUGGCGACAUGAACCACGAGUGGGUGGGCAACGACUGGCUGCCCAGUCUUGGGCUGCCCCAGUACCGCAGCUACUUCAUGGAAUCACUGGUGGAUGCCCGGAUGUUAGAUCAUCUGAACAAGAAGGAGCUCCGGGGCCAACUCAAGAUGGUGGACAGCUUCCACAGGGUGAGUCUACAUUAUGGAAUAAUGUGCCUAAAACGGCUCAACUAUGACCGGAAGGACCUGGAGCGGAGGCGGGAGGAGAGCCAAACCCAGAUCCGAGAUGUGAUGGUGUGGUCCAAUGAGAGGGUCAUGGGUUGGGUGUCUGGACUUGGCCUAAAGGAAUUUGCCACGAAUCUCACAGAGAGUGGGGUGCAUGGGGCGCUACUGGCCCUGGAUGAGACCUUCGACUACUCCGACCUGGCCUUGCUUUUACAAAUUCCCACACAGAAUUCGCAGGCCCGACAACUGCUGGAGAAGGAAUUCAGCAACCUCAUCUCGCUGGGCACAGACAGGCGGCUGGACGAGGACACUGCCAAGUCCUUUAGCCGCUCCCCAUCUUGGAGGAAGAUGUUCCGAGAAAAGGACCUUCGGGGUGUAACUCCCGACUCAGCUGAAAUGUUACCCCCCAACUUUCGCUCAGCUGCAGCAGGAGCCUUGGGCUCUCCUGGGCUCCCACUCCGAAAACUACAGCCCGAAGGCCAGACUUCCGGCAGUUCCCGGGCUGAUGGUGUUUCAGUCCGGACCUAUUCCUGCUAGUAUGGAAGUCCAGGUGACCUCACGGGAUGGAAGACCUUCCCGGGCUGGGCCGACUCGCCACCCUGCCCCAGCAUCAUCUGCGGGGACCAGAGUCCGGGAGCUCCCUUGAGGACUGAACCACCCGCCCACCAUCGGGGAGCGCGCAUCCCCGCCUCCCACGUGGACUGGGCCUGGACCAGCCACCAGAGCUGGACUCCAGGGGACACGGCGGAAGAAGACAGGAAGAAAUCCCGCCCCAAACUUCCGCCUCCCUUUUCUCUACUUUGUAAUUUAUUGAUCCGUUUCCGAAUGGAGGCGGGGCCUUCACCUGCCGAGAGGGGGCGGGGCUUCCUCCCAGGCCGCACGUGCAGAGAGGCGUCCCCCCUUCUGCGCAGUGGUGAGGUCCAAGUCUUCCCUCCAGUCCGCCGGGAGCCGAGGUGGACUCGCUGCUACGAGCCUCGUCCCUUGCGUCCCUCAGCCCCGCCCGCCGCGUCCGGACGCCAGUCCCCGGGGUCAUCAUCCGGCGGAUCCCCUGUCCCUCCCCCCCGUGUCUCGUGUCCCCGGGGUCUCCCCACCCCCGUGCUGUGGCCGUGUCUGUGCCCAGGGCUAAGGGGGCGCAGCACUGCGCUCCGGAUUUCCCUUUGGCUCCGGGGUUUGCAUGGGAAAAAACCCUCUUUCCAUGAUGCAGCGGGGCGACGUGGCAUGGGGGAAGGUGGACGGCGGGGAGCCGACGCACCCCGAGUCUCAGUUGGCCUCCAGGCCCCAGGCGUUACUCUGUGAUCACGGGUAAAGACAACUGUUUCAAAAAGCUGU